GAAGCGUAAAAUCCGUGAUCCGGGAGAGGAGAGUGGUACAAUCAAGCCGAGCCAGGGCUGGGUGAUGCGAAGGUGGAAUACUCACUUUUUCACGACUGGGAGAAACACAACACCGGGGAAAAUAAAACACUAAAAUAAUUCACAGUCUGGGGUUUAUGUCUUCCGACGCUUCUGCGAAAUGUCUACGAAGGCAGAGCAGUUUGCCUCUAAGAUUCGAUACUUGCAAGAGUAUCACAACCGUGUGCAACACAAUAUUUACCCCGUGCCCUCUGGAACAGACAUUGCAAACACACUGAAAUACUUUUCCCAAACCCUGCUCAGCAUUCUGUCCCGCACAGGCAGGAAGGAGAACCAGGAAGCUUCCAAUUUGGCCGUGCCCAUGACCAUGUGUCUUUUUCCUGUGCCAUUCCCACUCACCCCAUCUCUAAGACCACAAGUCAGUUCCAUCAACCCUACAGUUACUCGCUCCCUCCUUUACAGCGUUCUGCGCGAUGCCCCGUCAGACCGCGGGGGGCAGGGGCAGCAGAGUCGGGACGCUCAGCUCUCAGAGUACCCCUCUCUGGACUAUCAGGGCCUCUAUGUGACCCUCGUGACCCUGCUUGACCUGGUGCCCCUGCUGCAGCACGGUCAGCAUGAUUUGGGACAGUCCAUUUUCUACACAACCACUUGCCUCCUGCCCUUUCUCAGCGAUGACAUUCUCAGCACUUUGCCCUACACGAUGAUUUCUACUCUGGCCACAUUUCCUCCGUUCCUGCACAAAGACAUCAUAGAAUACCUGAGCACAUCUUUCCUCCCUAUGGCUAUAUUGGGAUCCACUCGGAGAGAAGGGGGAGUACCAGCUUAUGUUAACUUGUCAGCGUCCUCUAUGCUCAUGAUUGCAAUGCAGUACACCUCAAAUCCAGUUUAUCACUGUCAGAUGUUGGAGUGUCUCAUGAAGCACAAACAGGAAGUGUGGAAGGACCUGCUGUACGUCAUUUCUUACGGCCCUUCUCAAGUUAAACCUCCAGCUGUUCAGAUGCUGUUUCAUUACUGGCCCAACCUGAAGCCUCCAGGAGCCAUUAGUGAGUACAGAGGGCUGCAGUACACAGCUUGGAAUCCCAUCCACUGCCAACAUAUCGACUGCCACAAUGCCAUCAAUAAACCUGCUGUAAAGAUGUGCAUUGAUCCUACUCUCUCCGUUGCCCUGGGAGACAAGCCACCUCCUCUUUAUUUAUGUGAGGAGUGCAGCCAGAGGAUUGCCGGAGAUCAUCCUGAAUGGCUCGUGGAUGUCCUCCUGCCUCAAGCAGAGAUAUCAGCCAUUUGCCAAAAGAAGAACUGCAGCUCUCAUGUCAGGAGGGCUGUGGUCACCUGCUUCUCAGCCGGCUGCUGUGAGCGCCAUGGCAACAGGCCUGUCCGCUACUGCAAGCGUUGCCAUGUCAACCAUCACAGCAGCGAGGUGGGGGCUGCGGCGGAGACCCAUCUGUACCAGACCUCGCCCCCUCCCAUCAACACCAGAGAGUGUGGAGCAGAGGAGCUUGUGUGCACCGUUGAAGCCGUUAUAAGCCUUCUGAAGGAGGCAGAAAUCUAUGCAGAGCAGCGUGAGUUUGAGCUGAACAAGCGUCGUCAGAUGGGCCUGUCCUCCUCCCACCACUCGCUGGACAACAUCGAGUUCGAUAACAAGGAAGACGACCAGCACGACCAGCGUCUCCUCAGCCAGUUUGGCAUCUGGUUUCUGGUGAGCUUGUGCACGCCCAACGAGAACACGCCCACUGAGAGUCUGGCCCGGCUGGUCAGCAUGGUAUUCCAGUGGUUUCACUCCACAGCCUACAUGAUGGAUGAUGAAGUGGGAAGCCUGGUGGAGAAGCUGAAGCCUCAGUUUGUCACAAAGUGGCUCAAAACUGUGUGUGAAGUCCGCUUUGAUGUUAUGGUCAUGUGCCUGCUGCCCAAACCAGUAGAAUUUGCCAGGGUGGGAGGCUACUGGGACAAGUCAUGUAGCACAGUCACACAGCUGAAGGAGGGUCUGAACCGGAUUUUGUGUCUAAUUCCUUACAAUGUCAUUAGUCAGCCACUGUGGGAGUGUUUUAUGCCUGAGUGGCUCGAAGCAAUCAGGACGGAGGUGCCCGACAGCCAGCUGAAGGAGUUCAGGGAGGUGCUCAGUAAGAUGUUUGAUAUUGAGCUGUGCCCCCUGCCGUUCUCCAUGGAGGAAAUGUUUGGUUUCAUCAGCUGCAGAUUCUCUGGCUACCCGGCGUCUGUGCAGGAGCAGGCUCUACUGUGGCUGCAUGUGCUGUCAGAGCUGGACAUCGUGGUGCCUCUUCAGCUGCUCAUUGGGAUGUUCUCUGAUGGAGUGAACUCACUGAAGGAACUGGCCAAUCAGAGGAAGGCGUGCGCCUCGGAUCUGUCUGGCAACACUGGAGCUCGUAGGGUGAGUGUUGUGUCAGAUCCGGGACGUCGCGGGCAGCACAAUACCCUCAGCCCGUUCCCGAGCCCCUUCAGGAGUCCGUUCCACAGCCCGCUACGCUGCAGCCCUUUUAAAAACCUGGGGCACGCCACCGGAAACUGCGCACUGGAUUUGGACUGCGAUGAUGAUGACAUGAACCUUGGCUGUUUUAUCCUCAUGUUUGACCUUGUUUUAAAGCAGAUGGAGCUGCAGGAUGAUGGUGUGAUGCUGGGUCUAGACAGCAGCCUGGGGAAGGAUAUCGUGGGCAUCAUCAACAAUGUCUUUCAAGCCCCCUGGGGUGGCUCACACACCUGCCAGAAGGAUGAGAAGGCCCUGGAGUGCAGCCUGUGCCAAUCCAGCAUCCUGUGCUACCAGCUGGGCUGUGAGCUCCUGGAGAGGCUGACCCCCCGGGAAGAGAUACACCUGGUGGAACCCUCAGAUUGUUUGGAGGAAACUUUGCUCACACCUCAACUUGAUUUCUCGCUCGGGACGAAGAACGGAAGUGAGGAAGUAGACAACCCGAACGAGACAAACACCGACAAACCCAGCAACCCUUCGCCUGAGAAAACAUCCAAGAACAAUUCUGACAAGAGGUUCUCCUACCAGCAGCUUCCUGUGUCGCUGCAGCUCAUAUACACUAUUCUGCAGGAAAUGUCUAAGUUUGAGGAGCCCGACAUCUUGUUCAACAUGCUGAACUGUCUGAGGAUCCUGUGCCUCCAUGGAGAGUGUCUGUACCUCGCCCGUAAGGACCACCCGCAGUUCUUAGCCUACAUCCAGGAGAAGAUGCUGAUCCCCAGUCUGUGGUCCAUGCUGAAGUCAGAGUUUUGCCAGCUGGCCUCCCUGGCCGUGCCUCAGCUUCUCCACGCUCUCUCGCUGUCCCACGGAGCAGACAUCUUCUGGAACCUCAUCAACACCAACUUCAACAGUAACGACUGGAAAACACGGUUCGAAGCAGUCGAGAAGGUAGCGGUCCUGUGUCGAUUCCUGGACAUCAGCGCAGUAACAAAAAACCACCUGCUGAAGUACUCUUUGGCCCACGCCUUCUGCUGCUUCCUGGCCUCCGUGGAGGAUGUCAACCCAUCUGUGGCCACCAGAGCCAGACUGCUGCUGGACACCAUCAAGAGGCCGGCCCUGCAGGGGUUGUGCUUGUGUUUGGACUUCCAGUUUGACACGGUCGUGAGAGAUCGUCCGAUUAUCCUCUGCAAACUUCUUCUACUACACUUCCUCAAGAAAGACAUUCCUGCUCUAAGCUGGGAGUUCUUUGUUAACCGCUUUGAAACGUUGUCCUUGGAGGCUCAGCUGCACCUGGACUGCAACAAAGAGUUCCCCUUUCCUACUACCAUCACAGCUGUUCGAACCAACGUGGCUAAUCUGAGUGAUGCAGCUAUGUGGAAGAUACGGAGAGCUCGUUUUGCCAGGAACCAGCAAAAGAGUGUGCGUUCCCUGCGAGACAGCGUAAAGGGAGGCCAAGCUGAGUCCAAACGAGCCUUCUCACUCCCAGAGUCACUCAGCAACCGACUUCCGUGUUUCCUCCGGCACUUUAACCCUGACGCUUCAGCCCCUCUUUCAGGCCAGACUCCCUCACCUGAAGACGACAGCAUCAUCAGAGACCUGCUCCCCGAGAACGCCGGCAUCGAUCACCAGACGGUCCACCAACUCAUCAUGGUGCUCAUGAAGUUCAUGGCCAAAGACAAGAGCAGCGCUGAGGCGGACAUAAGCAGCGCCAAGGCCUUCAACACAGUGAAGCGCCACUUAUACGUGCUGCUAGGGUAUGAUCAGCAGGAGGGCUGUUUUAUGAUCGCGCCCCAGAAGAUGCGCACCUCCACCUGCUUCAACGCCUUCAUUGCUGGCAUUGCACAAGUCUUGGACUACAAUAUUGGUUUGGGAAAGCAGCUGCUCCCUCUAGUGGUUCAAGUGUUAAAGUACUGUGCUUGUCCUCAGCUGAGACACUAUUUUCAGCAGCCUCCUCGAUGCUCCUUGUGGGCUCUGAGGCCACAUAUUCGUCAGAUGUGGCUCAAAGCUCUCCUGGUCAUCCUGUACAAGUACCCGUACAGAGAAAUGGACUACAGCAAAGUGGUCCUCCAUCUGAUCCACAUCACCAUCAACACUCUGAACGCGCAGUAUCACAGCUGCCGUCCGCACGCUGCAGCCGGACCGCUCUACAGCGACACCUCCAACAUGAGCCGCUACAGCGAGAAGGAGAAAGAGGAAGACAGCGUGUUCGAUGAGUCAGAUGUCCACGACACGCCCACUGGUGCCGCCAACAAAGAGUCUCAGACCUUCUUUGCUCGUCUGAAGAGAAUCGGAGGCAGCAAGUCUGUGAAGUACCAGCCAGUCGAGCUGAAUGCCAAGAAAAGUGAAAUCGAGCUGUCAGAGUACCGGGAAGCAAGCGCCCUGCAGGACAGCAUCCUGCACUGUGUGAGGGAGGAGAGCACCAGGAAGAAGCGACUGCAGGCCAUGCAUAAACAGAAGUCUUUAGACAUUUCCAACACAGACUCCAUCCUUUUCAGUCUGGAUGAACACCGGAGGAAAUCCUGCAUCGAUCGUUGUGAUAUGCAAGUUCUCCCGGUGGUUCUGUCCCCUUCCUGCGCCACCUCCCGCCAGCAGCAAUGUAAAGGGUCCUCUAAUGGCUCCUCAGUUCGGGUGGAUCCCGUCGAUCGACGGGGUUCUCGAGGAGGCCAGUCCGACACGUCCAAACCUGUUAUCCCAGAGGUCCGACUCAGCUGCAUGGAGACGUUUGAAGACAAACUGGAUCAGGGAUCUUUAGAGGGAUCUGCACAGGAGAAAGAGGAGCAAGAUCUCAUCGACCUCUCCUCGGAUAGCACAUCAAUUCCAGAGAAACACUCCCUGCUUUCCAUGUCUGAUAGCGACUCCUUGGUUUUUGAGCCGCUGCCCCCUCUCAGGAUCGUGGAAAGCGACGAGGAGUUUGACCUGAACACCAUCCUAGGCUCCAAGUUCAAUGGGAGUCCCAAGAUCUCAGCUUCUCCUGCCAGCAGUGACACUUUGAGGCUGUCUCCUUUGGUUCAGGUGAGUGCGGAGGACUGUUCAGGUGAAAAAGUGGAUCCUGAACUUGUUGAGAAGGAGUCUCCUGAAAAGAAACCCAAAGUCAUGACUCCCAGAUCCUCCCUAGAUUUCCCGGAACGACCAGAGAACAUCUGCCAUGAAAGCGCCAUGACCUUGAAACAGAAAAGAGACCUGCUGAAGAAGACUCCACACGUCCCUGACUCCUCGCUAGAUGACAACCCCGAGGACAUGAAGCCCGGGACUGGACUGGGUACAAGUCCCUCCAGCAAGACUGUUUUCCUGGACAUCCCAGAAGACAAAGCAGAGCCGCCUUCCUCUCCUGAGAAAAGCAAGAAAAACAACGACGAAGAAGAGGAGGAAGAUGGUGAUGACGAGGAGGACGAUGAGAUGGGGGACGAAGCAGAUAUCGACCCCAAACCUGAAAACACAGACGAUAACGAUGAGGCCGAGUUUAAAAUCCAGAUCGUUCCACGGCGGCGGAAACAGAGGAAGAUAGCGGUCAGCGCCAUCCAGAGGGAAUAUCUGGACAUUUCCUUCAACACGUUUGACAAGCUGGGCGUUGACGAGGCCAACGAAGCCGAACACAAAGUUAUCUCUACGCUGGAAAAGCCACGAGAAUCUGCUUCAGCUCCAACUCUCGAGGCGGCUGUGCCGGAGACGAGUCAUCGCUCCUCAGUAUCAACUCAGUACCGGCAGGUGAAGCGAGGCUCUCUGGGCGCUCUAACGAUGAGUCAGCUGAUGAAGAGACAGCUGGAGCAUCAGUCCAGUGCACCGCACAACAUCUGCACCUGGGAGACAGGUCGCUCAUUCUCAAACUUAAUAGCUCAAGAAUAAAAAGGCAGAAAAAAGGCACUAAAAUGGUGGGAAAAAAACCAAACACAUUUGUCUUUAGUAGGCCCGACAAAGACAAGUCUCCUUUCAGCGCCGAGCACAGUCAGCAUGUUUGUCCCAGCACCAGAAGAGUUCAUCGACGAGCAGCCUACCACUAUGUCUGAUCGAUGUCGGGACUGUGCAGCUGUGCUGGAGGAGUAUGACGAAGAGACUCUCGCCCUCGCUGUGAUCGUCCUCUCCAUGUUCAUCCACCUGAGUCCUGAUUUGGCUGCUCCGAUGCUCCUCGACAUCAUGCAGUCUGUGGGGAGGCUCGCAUCUAGUGGCAAUUUUUCCGGACAAGCAGAGAGCAUGCUAAUCCCAGGGAAUGUAGCAGGUGUGGCCAAGCAGUUCCUGCGUUGUGUGUUUCACCAGCUGGCCCCUAAUGGCAUCUUGCCCCAGCUCUUCCAGAGCAACAUCAAAGAUGGCAGCUUUCUGCGAACGCUUGCAACCUCUUUGAUAGACUUUAAUGAACUGAGCUCCGUUGCAGCUCUCAACAUGCUGCUGGAGGGCCUGAACAACAAAAAGAACCUUCCAGCAGGGGGCACCAUGCUGCACUGCCUGGACAACAUUGCCUCCUUCAUGGAGGCUCUCCCCAUGGACUCUCCUAGCAACCUGUGGACAACCAUCUGCAACCAGUUCCAGACCUUCCUCACAAAACUGCCCUCUGUGCUUCCUCUGAAGUGCCCGAUGGACUCCAGCCUGAGGAUGAUCAUAUGUCUCCUAAAGAUCCCAACCAUAAAUGCAACUCGGAGUCUCCUGGAGCCCUUCUCUAAGCUGCUGAGCUUUGUCAUCCAGUACGGCACGUUCAGCCUCUCCUACCUCGUAGAGCUCUGUGGACUGUGUUAUAAAGCCUUCAACAAGGAACGAGAUAAGUUCUACAUGUCGCGCAUUGUGGUGUUGGAGCUUCUGCAGGCUCUCAAGUUCAAAUCUCCUCUGCCUGACACAAACUUGUUACUGCUGGUCCAGUUUGUUUGUGCAGAUAUCGGCACGCGACUCGCAGAAUCCACCAUCAUCCAGAAACACAUGAUCUCCACUCUGCCGGGGUGUACGACAGCAGCAAUGGAGUGCAUGAGGCAAUACACAAGUGAGCUCCUGGACUUCAUUGCAGAUAUGCACACACUAACUAAACUGAAAAGCCAUAUGAAGGCUUGCUGUCAGCCGCUGCACGAGGAUACGUUUGGAGGGAACCUGAAAGUGGGCUUGGCUCAAGUUGCAGCCAUGGAGAUCAGCAAAGGCAACCACCGCGACAACAAAGCUGUGGUUCGCUAUCUUCCCUGGCUGUACCAUCCACCAUCCACCAUGCAGCAAGGGCCAAAAGAAUUCAUCGAGUGCGUGUCCCACAUCCGUCAGCUGUCCUGGCUGCUGCUGGGCUCCCUGACGCACUGCGCUCUGCACCAAGGCUCCACCUCCUGCAUGCCCAUCCCUCUAGAUGCCGGCUCACACAUCGCAGAUCACCUCAUUGUCAUCCUGAUUGGCUUCCCAGAGCAGUCAAAGACGUCGGUGCUGCACAUGUGCUCCCUGUUCCACGCCUUCAUGUUUGCCCAGCUGUGGACUAUCUACUGUGAGCAGGCGGCUGCCGCGCCGUCCCUGCAAAACCAGAACCAGACCGAAUUUUCGUCCAGCGCGAUCCUCACGGGCCUGGAGUUCUGGAGUCGGGUUACACCGAGCAUCUUGCAGCUCAUGGCGCACAAUAAAGUGAUGGUGGAGAUGGUUUGUCUUCAUGUCAUCAGUUUGAUGGAAGCUCUGCAGGAAUGCAACUCGACCAUCUUCGUCAAGUUGAUACCGAUGUGGCUCCCCAUGAUUCAGUCAAACCUGAAGCAUCUAUCUGCAGGACUGCAGCUGCGUCUUCAGGCCAUCCAGAACAGGGUCAACCACCAGUGUCUGCAGGGUCAGGCGUCCGGGGCGCCGCCGUUCGCCCUUCGAAAAUGGCUCCAGUGCACCCAGUUCAAGAUGGCUCAGGUGGAGAUCCAGUCGUCGGAGGCUGCCUCACAGUUUUACCCCAUGUGACCUCCCCUGUGGUCACUGCACACCUGCAUGCACCUGCCCUGACUGAACUCUGUGCUCACAAAAGGACUCCUGCACAGACGGAGUCAUUUUACCUGGAAUAUUUUCAGCACCUUUAAUAUAACGUGUACAGAAAAUCUAUGCUAAUAAAAAAAACGGGUGUUUACAGGCUUGUGUUGGUAACGAAAUGACUGAGGGGAUUUUUCUAUUACCCCACAUCAGUCAUAGCCAGGGUGUAAAAUGAUUGUUGAAUCUUAUAAAUUAUCCGCUCACGCUGUCACAUCGAUCUCCUGUCACUUUUUAAGUUCCUCGGCCGCCGGCUGUAUAAUAAAAAUACUUUUUUUCUAAACACCGA